UGUAAUUUUCCUAAAGGCGUCAGAAACAAUUAAAGGGCAUAUUCAUCGUGAGUCCCUCAUUUGAAGACCGCGCUUCUCUUGGCACACCAGCAACCGAAUAUCCACAAAGUGCAUUUUUUUCAAAAUGGUUACUUUCCGUGAAGAACAUAAUUUUACACCGAAACAGACACACACACAUGCAACACAUUUGAGGAGUUGUGGGGCUUGGGAUACGCAGUCCUGAGUGCGCACCAGAGUGGAACAACAGCCGUUGCGCUUGGGAGUAGGCUACCUACCGAGAUGGCCAACAAGGGGACUCAACUUCAGAGCCUGUCAAAAGUGUUUGUUCUGCUCAGCAUAAUGACAGUCAAGACCAAUCCACUUGAGACGGUCAACGUGGUGGACUUCUGUGGCCAGAACAUCCAGGGCGAUGGGAUGAUCGUCAACUCACACCAGGAGUCCAAGAAGUACUACUUUGUCACCAUGGGAACGGACUGCCACCUCACCAUGCAGGCCGCCUCCCCCAAGGACAAGGUCCAGUUCCACUUCCGCUUCUUCCUGGUCUAUAGCCUGCUUCGUUUAGCUCCCCAAAGUCCAUCCCCCCUCUUCCCUGAGUCCCCUGAGUCGACUCCAGUGGUGGAGCAAGGGGACCCAUGUCAUGCGGGAUCAUACAUUCAGUUCUAUGACGGACGGGACAAGAACUCGCCUCCUAUUGGACCAACGCUGUGUGGGAAGAGCCCACCUCGCCCGGUGCUGUCCACAGGGAAUCACCUGACCCUGCGUCUGGUGACCCAAGGUACCCUGCCUCGAGUGGAUUUCGUGGGGGACUUCACCUCCUUCAGACUGGGUUUUAACCAAUCAGCGUGCAGCAGUGAGCCUUACUUCCCAUGUCGGAAUGGGAAGUGUAUCCCCAUGAGUCUGGUGUGUGAUGAAAAGGGCAUUGAUAACUGUGGGGACGGGAGUGACUUGGAGGAUCACCUGCCCUCAGGGUGCAAAGGUCACUCAGGUCAGCUGACCCCAGCCCAAGCCCCUCCCCCAGCAGUGACCCCACCCCCCCCUGUCUUAAACGCGCCCACUUUGCCCAUGUCCACCAAUAGGGACUGUGGCACUCCGGACGGCGUACCGCAUCACGACUCAGUGACAGAUUCUCCUCCCUACAUGUCCCUUUUGGCUCUCUACAUCGCAUUGGGUGUGAUAGCUGGUGUGGUCCUGCUGUGCUGGUGCUGCUGGUCUCCAGGCUGGUUCCUCUGGAGGAUCAGCAUCUGCCGCUUCUUACCAUGCUGUAACUCAGCCUGUGCCUCCUGCCAGCUCUGUGCCCGUAGCUGUGCCCAGAACAAGGAGCACCGACCAGCUAAGGUCUCACCACAAGGACAGGUCCCAACCAACGGUGUUGCCUUGUCCACCCUCACCACAUCCACGGCUAACGCCACCACUCUCGCUGUGUAGGGGGGCAAUGCAGUUGCUAUGUAGCGCAGGACUGUUGUUGCUAUGAAGCAUAACUGCUGUGAUGGCUACCAGUGAGACAAAUGGACUCAAGGACAUGAUGACAAAGACUUCCUGUUUUAGACUGAUGGAUUGAGAUGAUACUUGUCUUUUUACUGGGUUACAAGGACUGUUAAUGUCAUGGAAGAAGGAGUGCUGCAAAGCUGAGACCGUUCUUAAAACGGGGAAAGACUUUACAUUAUAUUGUUUUAGUCACUGUAGGUUCUUGUUUUCUGGUGCUUUACAUAAUGAAUGACUGAUGCUUCCUUUUUCGGACUGUUUUGUAUUUAAAAGUGUAUUAGAUUGGAUUCAACAGACUGUUCUUCUCUGAGUGUAUAAGUAACCCCGGUUCACCUAUUCAAUUCUAUCUACAGUUGAAGUCGGAAGUUUACAUACUUAGGUUGGAGUCAUGAAAACUCAUUUUUCAACCACUCCACAAAUUUCUUGUUAACAAACUACAGUUUUGGCAAGUCGGUUAGGACAUCUACUUUGUUCAUGACACAAUUUUUCCAACAAUUGUUUACAGACAGAUUAUUUCACUUAUAAUUCACUGUAUCACAAUUCCAGUGGGUCAGAAGUUUACAUACACUAAGUUGACUGUGCCUUUAAACAGCUUGAAAAUUCCAGAAAAUUAUGUCAUGGCUUUAGAAACUUCUGAUAGGCUAAUUGGCAUCAUUUGAGUCAAUUGGAGGGGUACCUGUGGAUGUAUUUCAAGGCCUACCUUCAAACUCAGUGUCUCUUUGCUUGACAUCAUGGGAAAAUCAAAAGAAAUCAGCCAAGACCUCAGAAAACAAAUUGUAGACCUCCACAAGUCUGAUUCAUCCCUGGGAGCAAUUUACAAAUGCCUGAAGGUACCACAUUCAUCUGUACAAACAAUAGUAUGCAAGUAUAAACAACAUGGGACCACGCAGCCUUCAUACUGCUCAAGAAGGAGACGUGUUCUGUCUCCUAGAGAUGAACGUACUUUGGUGCAAAAGGUGCAAAUCAAUCCCAGAGCAACAGCAAAGGACCGUACAAAAGUAUCUAUAUCCAUAGUAAAACGAAUCCUAUAUCAACAUAACCUGAAAGGCCGCUCAGCAAGGAAGCCACUGCUCCAAAACCGCCAUAAAAAAAGCCAGACUACGGUUUGCAACUGCACAUGGGGACAAAGAUCGUACUUUUUGGAGAAAUGUCCUCUGGUCUGAUGAAACAAAAAUAGAACUGUUUGGCCAUAAUGACCAUCGUCAUGUUUGGAGGAAAAAGGGGGAGGCUUGCAAGCUGAAGAACACCAUCCCAAUCGUGAAGCAAGGGGGUGGCAGCAUCAUGUUGUGGGGGUGAUUUGUUGCAGGAUGGACUGGUGCACUUCACAAAAUAGAUGGCAUCAUGAGGAAGGAAACUUAUGUGGAUAUAUUAAAGCAACAUCUCAAGACAUCAGUCAGGAAGUUAAAGCUUGGUCACAAAUGGGUAUUCCAAAUGGACAAUGACCCCAAGUAUAGUUCCAAAGGUGUGGCAAAAUGGCUUAAGGACAACCAAGUCAAGGUAUUGGAGUGGCCAUCACAAAGCCCUGUCCUCAAUCCUAUGGAACAUUUGUUGGCAGAACUGAAAAAGUGUGUGCAAGCAAGGAGGCCUAAAACCUGACUCAGUUACACCGACUCUGUCAGGAGGAAUGGGACAAAAUUCACCCAACUUAUUGUGGGAAGCUUGUGGAGGGCUACCCAAAACAUUUGGCCCAAGUUAAACAAUGUAAAGGCAGUGCUACCAAAUACGAAUUGAGUGUAUGUAAACUUCUGACCCACUGGGAAUGUGAUGAAAGAAAUGAAAGCUGAAAUAAAUAAUUCUCUCUACUAUUAUUCUGACAUUUCACAUUCUUAAAAUAAAGUGGUGAUCCUAACUGACCUAAGACAGGGAAUUUUUACUAGGAUUAAAUGUCAGGAAUUGUGAAAAGCUCAGUUUUUAAAUGUAUUUGGCUAAGGUGUAUGUAAACUUCCGACUUCAACUGUAAGUUGCCACAAGAUUCCUAGUUACAAAAGUAGGAGAAAUCCCACUCAGCCUGCUCCCACCGAAAUGUUCACUUCCCACACAUGUAUGCCCCUUACCCAACAGGGACAAUAUUUUUGUUAAUAAAAUAAGUCCCACUCCUCAGUUUUUUAGGUACAUUAUGUCCCAUGUUGGGGGCAACCACAUGAAUAUCGGUGCUCAUGUAUGUCAUGUAAACUGACCCUGCCUCGAGUAGACACAUAACCUUUCUUAAUUUACCCUCUGUGUUUGUUGUGUAACUACACUACAGUUCAAAAGUUUGGGGUCACUUAGAAAUGUUCUUGUGUUUCAUGAAAACAUACAUGAAAUUAGUUGCAAAAUUAAUAGGAAAUAUAGUCAAGAUGUUGACAAGAUUAUAAAUAAUGAUUUUUAAUUGAAAUAAUAAUUGUGUCCUUCAAAAUUAGCUUUCAUCAAAGAAACCUCCAUUUUCAGCAAUUACAAUCUUGCAGACCUUUGGCAUUUUAGUUGUCAAUUUGUUGAGGGAAUCUGAAGAAAUUUCACCCCAUGCUUCCUGAAGCACCUCCCACAAGUUGGAUUGGCUUGAUGGGCACUUCUUACAUACCAUAUGGUCAAGCUGCUCCCACAACAGCUCAAUAGGGUUGAGAUCCGGUGUCUGUGCUGGCCACUCCAUUAUAGACAGAAUACCAGCUGACUGCUUCUUUCCUAAAUAGUUCUUGCAUAGUUUGGAGCUGUGCUUUGGGUCAUUGUACUGUUGUAGGAGGAAAUUGGCUCCAAUUAAGCUCCAUCCACAGGGUAUGGCAUGGCGUUGCAAAAUGGAGUGAUAGCCUUCCUUCUCCAAGAUUCCUUUUACACUGUACAAAUCUCCCACUUUACCAACACCAAAGCACCCCCAGACCAUCACAUUGCCUCCACCAUGGUUGACAGAUGGUGUCAAGUAUUCCUCCAGCAUCUUUACAUUUUUUUCUGCUUCUCACAAAUGUUAUUUGUGAUCCGAACACCUCAAACUUAGAUUCGUCUGUAACACUUUUUUUCAAUCUCCGUCUGUCCAGUGUCUGUAUUCUUUUUCCCAUCUUAAUCUUUUAUUUUUAUUGACCAGUCUGAGAUAUGGCUUUUUCUUUGCAACUCUGCCUCGAAGGCCAGCAUCCCAGAGUCGCCUCCUCACUGUUGACAUUGAGACUGAUGUUUUGCGAGUACUAUUUUAUUAAGCUGCCAUUUGAGGACUUGUGAUGUGUCUGUUUCUCAAACUAGACACUAAUGUACUUGUCUUCUUGCUCAGUUGUGCACCGGGGCCUCCCACUCCUCUUCCUAUUCUGGUUAGAGUCAGUUUGCACUGUUCUGUGAAGGGAGUAGUACACAGCGUUGUAAAAGAUCCUCAGUUUCUUGGCAAUUUCUCGCAUGGAAUAGCCAUCAUUUCUCAGAACAAGAAUAGACUGAUGAGUUUCAGAAGAAACUUCUUUGUUUCUGGCCAUUUUGAUCCUGUAAUCAAACCCACAAAUGCUGAUGCUCCAGAUACUCAACUAGUCUAAAGAAGGCCAGUUUUAUUGCUUCUUUAAUCAGGACAACAGUUUUCAGCUGUGCUACCAUAAUUUCAAAAGGGUUUUCUAAUGAUAAAUUAGUCUUUUAAAAUGAUAAACUUGGAUUAGCUAACACAACUUGGAACACAGGCGUGAUGGUUGCUGAUAAUGAAUCUCUGUACGCCUAUGUAGAUAUUCCAUUACAAAUUCUUUAUCCCCUUACACUGUGUGUAAGACAGUAGUUUAGGAAUUGUUAGUUAGAUUACUUGUUGGUUAUUACUGCAUUGUCGGAACUAGAGGCACAAGCAUUUCGCUACACUCGCAUUAACAUCUGCUAACCAUGUGUAUGUGACAAAUACAAUUUGAUUUGAUUUGACAAAUCUGUCGUUUCCAGCUACAAUAGUCAUUUACAACAUAACAAUGUCUACACUGUAUUUCUAAUCAAUUUGAUGUUAUUUUAAUGGACAAAAAACGUGCUUUUCUUUCAAAAGCAAGGACUUUUCUAAGUGACCCCAAACCUUUUGAACGGUAGUGUAUAUUAUACUGUUCCCCCACCUCUGUCUUUUGAAUGAUUUUGAGAAGUGCUCUCGAGGCUUCGUAAGGGUGACACAAGCUUGACUAAAUGCUGUUUCUCUACUCUGAGUUGCCAAGCGACAAUUGAAGGUAUGCUCCCCCAACCACUCAACCUCUCUCUCUCGCUCUCUCGCUCUCUUGCUCUUUCUCAGAGACUUAAAGCAUAUGGAUAUAUAUCCGUGACUUUCCUCACGAGGUCAUGGACUGAGCUGAAAGAGAUGAUAAUGAAUAAUGAAUCAAGUGCAUUAGUAUACCUUUCUAUACUAGGGCUUCUGCCUAACUUUCAGACAUGAUACCAACAACAUGUGUUGUCAACAUCACAAAUAAGAAGACAUGGGUCUCGGGUUCUGUCUCAUUGACCAAAAUGAUUUGUGUCCCUAGAACUACUAUUGUGUAAAUACAUUAUUUCUCAUAUGAUUCAGAUGUUGUUUUUUUAAACUUAUGGUUUGUUUUUAUUCAGAGGGCUAAAUAGAUUUUCUACCACUGCCUUUGUUCUGUUGACACAUCCUCCAUAUUCAAAAGCAAAGUGUGUGUGUUUUUUUUAAAGCUUAUGUUUGUUUGUCUGAAGUGUCAUCAUCAGACAUGGGUUCAAAAUGUGUAUUUGAGUAGCUGGUAUUUAAAAUCCUUUUUAAUAUUUUUAAAUACUUAAUACAUCCCAAAACAAGUAAAAUAGUAUUUUAAUUGUUAUUUGAAAAAACAAAUAGUCUACCAAAUUGUAUUUUCAAAUACUUCUUUCAAAUACCAUUUUCAAAUACCUGAGUUAAAUGCAUGGAAGUGUAUUUUAGUCAGUGUAUUUGAGUAUUUUCAAAUACUUUCCAAGUAUGUACUAUAUGUAUACAUAUUAAACAACUUUUCUUUUCAAAUAUAAGAUAUUUGAAUACUUACUUCUAAAUGUUAUGUGUAGGUAAUUGAGGUAUUUGAACCCAGGUCUGGUUGAUAUUAUCUAUGCAUACUUAAUUACCCCAUGGUAUUUGAUCCACAAACAAAAAGGAAAUUGUUUUCGUAUUCACCACUGUCUGAUAUGUAAAUAUAUGUUUGACAAUAUUAAACUUAGAACAUUAAAGAUCGAUUCGACAUUGCCUCAUGUUAUAGGGUAAAUCCAUUUGAAUUCAAUCACUUUUUGACAGCAGCCCUUUUGAUUUGAACAAAACCUUCCGUACAUAUUUGCCCAUUGUAGAAGUGCUCAGAAAGUGACUUUUUUGGACCUGAAUGUCAAAACAUUUAUGAGAUAAAGGUGCUCAAAGUGCCUAUUUUGCAUUCUCCGCCAUACCAUGUCUUCAUCACUAGAAAAAUAUAAAUGGUUGAG